UGCAGAUGUAGAUCUACUAGCUCAAGGCGGAGAGAGAGAGAGAGAGAGAGAGAGAGAGAGAGAGAUUACCAACUUCCUCCCGACACUUCCUCCCGACAAUUCAAAACCCUAGCAACUUCCUCCCGACACUUCCUCCCGACAAUUCAAAACCCUAGCAACUUCCUCCCGACACUUCCUCCCGACAAUUCAAAACCCUAGUCUCUCUUUCUCUCUCUCUCUCUCUCUCUCUCUCUCUCUCUCAAAACCAAAUGACAUCCCCAAUCACCUACCCAGUGGAUGACAAAGACCUCGACGACGCCGCCCUCUGGGCCGUCAUCGACUCCGCCGCCGCCGCCUCUCUCUCCUCCUCCACCAAAUCCCGCAAACCUCUCUCCCUCAAACAGAACCACUCUCCCAUCCCCUUCUCCCUUCCCAAAAAUCCAUCUCCACCCCCUAAUAGAUUCGUCAAAACCCCUAGGAACAACCCUUACUCCUCUCCGCCAAACCACAACUUCCGAGCCCUAACCGAAGGCGAGGUCAUCGAGGAUCCAUGCCCCCACCAGCGGCCGCAUAAGAUGGCCAGGUCUUCCGUCUCGGAGCUGAGCGAGACGAGUAACGUUAGUCCUCUCGUUAUGGUGAAGCACGCGCAGCGGAUGCCGAGUUAUUCGUCUCCUGAGAGCAGGGAGUUUUCGGUUCCCAGUGGUUCGGAGUGUUCGCCGCUGAGCUAUGGAGGGAGCCGAGGGAGUGAGGAGAAAGAGAACGUGAGGCAACAUAGCUUGUCUGGUCAGUUUCCAUCCGUUUCGCUUUUCAAAGAAUACCAGAAUGCAGCCAUGGCGAUUCUGGAGAAAAGUGAUUACACUAUGAUUUCUGGGAGCCCUUUUAUUAAAAAGACAGGUUGGAGGAAGAUAUCGUUCUAUUUCAAUCUCUCUUUUGAGAUUAAAGACAAGACCAUUGAGUUUGAUGAGAACCGGAAUGUUCUUCGUGCUGAAUUUGUGGUCCGAGCAUACAUGCAGGGUGGUAGGUUCUCAGAUGGGUGGGGCUCGUGUGAACGGCGUGAGAAGAGAUUCUUAAAACCAAAUCAUGAUAUUCCAAGCACAGCUGAAACUAGGGCAAAAAAUAAAGCAUGUCAGGAUCUGUUAGGAAUUGGAGAGUAUCGACCUGGUGGAAGCCAUGCUCAGCAAUAAUACUAGUAGUAGAUUGUAAUCCUUUAUUAAUGUGGACAAUUCUGAGGACCCAAAUGCUAUUCUGGUCCAGUAAAUUUUCUGAGACCUGAAUAAUGGGCCCACAAACGAUCUCCGUCAUUGGUAUGAUCAAUUAAUGUAACCCCACUCUGAACUUUCAGAUUAAAUCAAUCAAUAGCAAGCAAAAUUCCUAAUCC